UGGGAGUGGCCGUCAAUCAGGUGAGGAGACCCGGACAGGAGAGAGGAGCUAGUCGGUGUGGACGACUUUCCUCAGCAGCUUCACCAACUCACGGACAAAUACGUCAUGUGCUGCUGCAGUUCCGCAUGAUGCAUGAAGGGAUUACAGGAGGUGCGGUGAUGGGACACACUACGCCGCUUUCACAGUGAAUUAGCAUGCUGCUGCUGCUGCUGUUGUGCUGCUGGCCAGGAGCAGCAGCAGCACUCUUUCCCAGGAGGAGGAGGAGGAGGGUUCAUGCUCAGAGGAGGAACCACCGACCCCCUGCUGCUUGGACCCAGUAUACCGGCCUCACACACUCCUCUGGCGGGCUCAGCUGCAGCAGUUCCCGGCAUUUGCUGGGAUGUUUGAGUCGCGUUGUUUGGUGCUGGUGGUGGUGGGGUGAAGGAGACAGAGAGAGUGGCCGGAGACACCAGAAGAGGACGGAGGCCGAGAGGAGAGGAGGAGCCGAGAGCAUGGCUCUGGUGGUGCUGUCUCUCUGGGUGCUAACGAGUCUCACCUGGGCGGACGUGGUCCAGGUGGCAGCCAACAGGCACUCUGUGUACUGGAACAGCUCCAACAUACAUCUGCGUAGGGAGGGCUACACGAUGCAGGUGAACGUCAACGACUACCUGGACAUCUACUGCCCUCAUUACAACGACAGCCAGCGCAUGGUGGGCACCGGUGAGCAGUACAUCCUCUACAUGGUCAGUUACCGCGGCUACAGGAACUGCGACCCCCAGCUGGGCUUCAAGAGGUGGGAGUGCAACCGGCCCCACGCCCCCCAUGCGCCCAUCAAGUUCUCGGAGAAGUUCCAACGCUACAGCGCCUUCUCGCUGGGCUACGAGUUCCACGUUGGACAGGAGUACUACUACAUCUCCACGCCCACCCAUCAUCACGGCCGCAGCUGUCUGAGACUACGAGUGUACGUCUGCUGCUCCACGGCCUCAGACGUGGAUGAUGAGCCAGAGCCUACAGAACCAGACUACACGCUUAGACCAGGCCUAAAAAUUGACGAUAUUGAUGAUUAUAACCCUUUUGUUCCCAAGCUGGAGAAGAGCGUCAGCGGAAGCAGCCCAUCCAGGGAUCGCCUUCUCCUCACCGUGACGAUGCUCUUUCUGGCCGCUCUCUUCAUCUCCUAGCAACGGCCAUUCCAUCAGCGUCACCAUGCCAACUAGCCUUGGGAGGGUGUACAGUAUCAGCGGAUGGGAGAGUUGAGUGGCGGGGGGGGGGAGAGAGAGAGAGAGAGAGGAGAGUUAAGAUACCACAAAUAGAGCAGAAGGCAAGAGGAGCAAGAAAUAGAGAUUUCAAGCAUCACAGUGUGAGUGUGUGCGUGUAUGUGUGUGUUUGUACAGCUGUGUGUGUGGGUUUAGAGUUCAAAGACCUUCAGGCACUCGGUGACACAGACUGAACCGUAUGUUGCAUUAAAGUCAGCCUGCGCAUACAGAUGCAGGUGUGGUAGACAGUUUGUGAGCGUGUGUUUGUGUAUGUCUGUGUGUGUGAGUGUGUGUCUGAACAGGCCACAGGUUGAGCUUGUUGAAUCAUGCACACGCCACACAAAGCAUUUAUACACCAGGACAGGCGGGGCUGAAACCCUAGUAAAAAAAGAAGAAAAAAGCAUCAAAUCCGCCCACCCAAUUGGAAACUAUUUGAAGACUUUCCCCUGGAUCUGAUUGGCUGAAACACUUCCUUUAGGGCUAGUUGCCAUAGUUUCUUGCAACAAGAAUUGAACUGAACUCAAAUGAACUGAAUCAGAUAGAUUUCAUCAGAACUGAACUGAAAAUUGCCUUUUUUUUGUUGUUGGUGUUGUUAUUGUUGUUGAUCUUGAUGCUGGGAACUUGUCCCAGUCCACGGAGGGGAAAACCAGCUGAUGAACUGCGCGGGUCCCGUGUAGGAGACUAGUCAAAGUAGCUGAUAGUUCAUAAAACGCACCCUGGGACUCCAGACGCCGCCAGUGUUUUAGUUGUCAUCUCCACUCUCUGUCUGCUGUGUCAUCCUGUGUUCACCGUCAGUCUGCAGCACGUCUCCAACGAAGGCUUGGAUGGGGUCAGAGCAUUUAAACGAUGAAUCAUUCACUUAAACUAAAAGAAGGGGGGGGGGGUUACUGUAGAUGUGCCAUUGACGCCGAUGAUGUUAUAAGUUGCUGUGUUACUUUUCUGUCCCGCCUUUCAAGCACUCGGUUCGUCCUCUGUCAUCUCUGAGGUUAAAGAAGCACACGAUGGCUACGGAGCAGCCAUGGAUACUCAGCAAUACUGCCCUCCUCUCAAGCCGCUGCAGGCUGUUCGGAGGAGAGCAAGAGGAGCAGGGAGGAGGGACAAAAGGAGGGAGGACGGUCACUCACACAAAGCAUCUACGAACAGGUCCAUGUCCCGGACAAUAAGAAGCUCUCCACUGAUCAGUGUCGGCGUAGCAGCCCGCUCUACCAAUCUCAUCUCUGUAAAACCCAUUCGUCAAGAUGCCACAUGUUUCUGUUUCUGUUUGAAUGUUUGUGUGUGCUUAAAAGAGAAAGUCUGAGUGUGUCACGUGUGUGUGUGUUUGAGAGCGAGAGACUAUUUUAAAUGGUACUAACAGCCUGAGAAUACAUCCACAUACUGUACAUCUUAUUAAGUAUGAAAAUGCAAAAUCAAAAAAAAAAAAAAAUCAAAACACAAACUAAAGCAACAAGUAAUACAUACAAACCAAGUGCUUUGGUGGGGAGGUACGGCAAUUCAAAACUCAAAACAACUGUACCAGUCGGUUGCUUCAGAAUAGCGUUUCCAUAGCAACUAGCACCUUAUUCACCAUGGUUACCCCACCCUGCCAAUGAUGGACUCUAGUAGGGCAUGGCUUACCAUAGUAGCUGAUAACAAUGAUGAAGGUGAAGAUGAUUAUAAUGACGACGAUGAUGAUGGACUGACGCAGCACCCACCGGCAUGUGAGGCGUUCAAGCACUCGUGUAAAUGUCACAACGGACAAAGAAUGGAAUAACUGUCUUGAAUUUUGCCAAGGUGAAAUGUGAUGUAAGCAUUUUUACAAACUUGAAGCUCAGUUUUUCUUGUGGUUGUUUUUUUUUUUUAAAUUGUUUUUGUUAUUAUUUUGCUGAGUUUGCUGUGGUGUAUUUUUGGUUGAUCUUGAGGGGGAAGACGGGGGUUUAAAAGUUGGAGAAUUGGGUGGGUUGAGCCAUAUGUAGACUUGGGCCGCACUCUGUGAGUCUCUUAGUCAACUUUGAGGUUCAAUUAUCUUAUGGAGUAUGAUUUCCAGAAAGCUCAAUAUUGACAAAUCAUAUAUAGCUGUGGUUCCCAUCCCCCCCCUUUAAAGGACACUUUACUCACAGGAUGAGUUUACUCAUUGCAUGGAGUAUUAUUCAAACUGGUGUAAAGUGUCUCCUUUUAAAAUCUCAGAGAAUAACCCUGAUGAUGUCACUUGGGUUAAUUUGGAUAGAGAGGCGAAGUCCGUCCCCCUUCCGGUGGACCCCAUGGGACCUUAUUUCAGAAUAAAUAUGUACGGCUGUCACUAGAGCGAGACGGAAAAAAUGUCUGAUCCCGUUUGAAUUACGAAUCACACAAAUGUUUGUCAAUUUAAAACAUAAUUUUGCAAGUCAAGAAAGUCGCAGUUUUGUCGUAGUAUCAUUUAGUUUUGUGUGAAACCGCUCAGUGAACUACAUCUCUCGUCUCGCACAACAUACGUCACCAACACUAGCUAACUAGCCAACUUAGCUGUGUUCCACGCACAAGUGGAACGUUAUCUGAUGUGUUUUAUCAGCGACAGCAAGUCUUUUUUAUCAGCCGGGAAGAGAAAGAACGAUCGGACCCGUUGCUCAUGCGAGUACAUCCCAGUACAAAACGCACAGGCAUCGUAGCUUCAGCAAGAGAGACGACAUACGCGACUUUUGGGUGUGUAGUCUUUCUAAUUACGUAUUAUACAUCAAAAGUUUUAUCACAAACUGCAGCUUUCUUGACUUGAAAAUUUUAAAUUGACAAACACGUGUGAUUCAUGUCCGAAUUCAAACGGGAUCAAAAAAUACUGUUUACUGUACAUAUUUUUUUUCAAAAUAAAGUCCCAUGGAAGGGGAGGGACUUUGCCUCUAUAGUCAGGAGUCAGUGACCGGUUCAACGAAGGAAUUAAACUUCCUGAAGAGGUAAAAUGAUCUAGUAAUUCUCAAAGUCUGAAAUCACGAAGCAGAUUUUGUCUGAUAGAAUCUUUUUGUGUUUUUGUUUGUGUUGCGACCCCCUUUGGGGUGUCCAAUCCACCAGGUUGGGAACCGCUAUUAUAUAAUUAUUUUUUACAUCAUUGUGUGCUUGUAGUUCAGGAGUAAUGUGGCUUUUUUUUUCCAAAGGUGUGUGUCCGUUAGCUAGAUUGUUUCCUCAACAAAACUUUGGACAUCCCUCGAGUCAACAACAAAAGCACAGAUUCUUUAAAUUCAUAGAAAUGUAAUGGCUCUCGUCGCCCAGACAAGAGAUUAUACAUGUGGAAACACACAGGGAUCAUGUAGUUUUGGAGCAUCAUCGAGAACAUUACAUUAUGAUACAGUGUGCGAACCAACCCAGGUGGAUAUAUGGCUCUCGGUGGGAGAGGGGCGAGGUAGGAAUGGUUUCGGGGUCCUGGUGUGGAGCGGGAGGGUUGAAGAGCUGUGCGAGAGGGAAAAUCACUCUUCAAGAAGUUGCACUUAAGAACUUAGACACGAGAGUAAGACAGCGUGCCCGUCUGAAUGUGUGUGUGUGUGUGUGUGUGUCAGGGAGAGUAAGAAUCAGAGCUCAUUUCUGUUUAUCACUUCAUGUCUGCGUGCAGGAACUUUAGUGUGAGAUGCUGUCUGUGUUUGUGUGGUGUCAGUGUGUACAAGUGUGUGUGUGGGGGUGAAUGAAUGAGCGAGUGAGCAACAGUCUCUUUGUUUCUGCUCUUCCCAUGUGCAUAUGAGCGAGAGAGUGCGACUGAUUGUUGUCUGGCAAAAGAAAAAAAAGCAUUUAAUAGUGUUGGAAACAACAGUUACAAUCAUGUUUACCUUCGACUGGAAUGACUUUAAAUGAACUUGAAAAUAAACUGUAAACUGAACAAACCAUAACAGAGGUUAUAACAAUGAUCAUGAUAACAAAAAUAAUAAGCUUACAAAUCUUACUUUUAA